AUGUUUAGCAUCGAUAUUUAAGGCAAAUCUAUGAGCUUAUGUGAUCCUACAUCGAAAAUCAAGUAGAUGCAAUAAUAGUAACAGCAGUUAUAAUAGGGUACUAAUAAUGGAAUUCAAAAAGAUUAGCAACUUCCUAAUAUGAUUAUAAAUGGGAAUUCCAAUAGCUAUUUAAAUAAUGGAAGCAAUUUACAGUAACAAGCGGUUAUUCAAUAAAGCAAUCAUAAAUAGUCAUAAAUAAAGUAUAAUUCGCCUCUUAGUCAUUAGUAGCAUCAUUAAUUCAAAAUCGGUCAUUAAAAUAAGCUAGAAUAUCUUCGAUAGCAACAAGCAUAGAAGUAUAACUAAAUUUACUAGUUAGACCCUUAGCUCUAAUAGCAAAAUUAAAUGUUCUAACAACACCAAUACAUGCAAAAUGUCUAAAUGCAGCAACAAUUAUUAUAUUAGGGAAACCAAGAAGUAUUUCCACCAUUUAACUAGAUUGCAAAUGGCAGUGCUUAAAACAGCAUUCUUCUUUAAUAAUACUUAAGCAACAAUAAGGGCUAAACCAAUAAUUCGAAUAGAGAGAAUGGAGGUAAUUUCCACUCUGAAUAAUCACCUAAGUCAGCUGCUGGGUCAGUUGUUUCUGGCAAUGGUAGCAACACUCAGUUCGCUGCAAAUAUUCUUCGUAACUCGAAUAUUAUUCAAUAAUAGAACGAAUUCAGAUUUUAAUAGAUAUAAUAAACUCACCAGCUUCUACAUUCAUUAGUUUAACAGUAACCAUAACCACUAUCUCAACAACAUUCUAACUAAUCUUCUCAAUCAAGUAAUCCUUAGUCUUAAUCUCCUCUUCCUCUUUCAAUUUCAUCUCAGCAGCCAGUUAUUUCAAUGGCAAAUUACUUUAACUAGCCAUCAUAGUAGAGUAACAGCCUUUUUAAUGGUUAACAGCCAACUAUGUUUAACUCUAGUGAGAAUUUCCAGCAAAAAAAUAUUCUUUACUCAUGUGUUGGAAAUCCAAACAAUCCAUACAAUCAUCACAUUAACAACCCUUAUCUCUAAGAAAAGAGGUAUUACAAAUCUUCUAAGCUGCCAAAAAUUAAAAAAGAGAAUAAACCUCAAUAAGCUUUUUCUGAUAUUCGCCCGAGCUCUCGCGAGAAGUCAGCAAGAUUUCAUUUAGCAGCUUCUAUUAAUACAAUAUUAAAUUAGAAUGGCUCAACGAGCGUUAAUACUUAGAAUAAUGAAAAUAUGGUUUAAACUUUAAAAGGACACAGCUACAGUGCUGUAACUGAAAAAUCAAAUAUAGGAUAGCAAGAAGUUAAUAUCCCAACAACUUCAAAGACAUAGACGUUGAUCAAGGAACAUAGUUUAACAAAUAUAAAUUCUGCCUCUAAAGAAAAUAACUAAGUAACACUAGCAAGUAACAGUAAUCAGACAAGUAAGAAAGCUUAUGAAAAUUUAAUGUCUGCUGAAAAUGACGAAGAAGAUAAAUUAAAGUGCAUAAGAUAUUUCCGAUAUAAUUUGGGAUAGUUACUUCAUAUAUUAGGGAAAAAAGAAAUUUAUUUUAGUAAUUUAAAUAGCAAGAAACCCAUUAAAACAUUUGCUUCUAUAACUCAACAACUCGGAUAAAAGCACAUGAAUCUGCUCUCCAAAAAUACUAUAAAUAUUAUAAAUAAAGUUAAAAAAAUUGUGGCUACAAAAGGAAAAUACAAAUACAGAGAAAGAUUUAAUUUUUUGCACUCUGCUUAGUUGAAAUCAAUAAACUACGAUGUCCGUAAAAGACUCAAUUAGAUUUAAGAUAAAAAAGUGUUAAGUAAUACAAAAUCAAAGGAUGAAGAAGAAUCUUCAGAUGAUGACGAAACCCCAGUAAAAUCAAAAAGCAACAACUAAAAUGCUGUAUAACAAACAGAUUUGGCUAAAUGGAAGAAGUACAACAGAUUAGAUCCAAAAACUAAGGUUUUCAUUAUAAAAGGAGGUUACGGAGAUCUCAGGAAAGCCUUACAAGAAAGGGGCUGGGUUGAAAAUCCUGAUUACUUUUCUCCUUGCUUCGACUUAAAAUGGACAUGCAAAGUUUAAGAUAUAGAUUAUGAUAACUUAUAGGAAAAUCAAGUUGUCAAUCAUUUUGACAACAACCAAACAUUCACCAGUAAAUACGGGCUAGCUAGGAAUCUUAGAACAUUAAUUCAUUCCGAAAAUAUUGAUGUGUAUAAAUUUUUCCCAAGAUGUUUUGAUCUUGGAGAUCUUCAAGAAUUUGAGGAUUUCAUUGAGAAUUUCAAAGUCGCAAAGGCAGAAAGUCUAGUUCAUAGAUUUAAAGAUAUGCUUAAAAAUGGAAUCGAAAGCAUUGAUGAUAAGUUAGAGUUGAAAAUUCGUUUAUGCAACGAGGUUGCAUCUAGAAAAUUCAUAGAUUUUUAUGAGACUGUUGAUUUCAUUUUCAACUACGACGUUCUACCUUGUGUAAGUCCAGAAGAAUGGGAAAUAAUUUCAAAAGAUGAAUUCUAAUUAGAUAAUAAGAAAAUAGAGUUUUACUUAGAAAGGCUGAGAUCUCAUCCAACAUUUAAACAUUUAUAUUAUUCUAAUAGUUAAUCAUAAAAGUAGCAUAUGAAUAAAAGAAAAAAUUCUCAUAGAAUAUCUGUUAAUCAUAAUCAUAACGAUCCUAUAGAAGAAGAAAGUGCUUAAAGCAGUACCAGCUUGAAGUAAGACUCCUUACAGAGAUUUAGCUCUAAGUCAUAAGAACUCCUUGACUUAUGUAAUCAAACACUAAAAAAAUCUAGUGAAAAGGAUCCCUAACAUCAUUUAAACGGUUAUAGAAAUAUUUGGAUAGUUAAACCUAAUUUCUUAUCUAGAGGAAGAGGGAUAAAAUGCUUUAACAGCCUUGAUAAAAUUAUGGAUUACGUAGUUGGUAAAGAAACUCAAUUUGUUGUUCAGAAAUACAUAGAAAAUCCUCUACUGAUAAAUAAUAAAAAAUUCGAUAUGAGGUAAUGGGCUAUUGUACAAGAUUUCUGUCCUCCUAGAAUUUGGUUCUUUGAGGAAUGCUAUAUUAGAUUAUGCUCUGUUGAGCACAAUAUAGAUGAUUUGAAUAAUAGAUUUGUUCAUUUGACAAACAAUAUAGUUCAAAAAUAUAAUAAAGAUGCAUAUGCAGAUAAAGAUGAUCUAAUGAUGAGCUAGGAAUAAUUUGCUUAAUAUCUUAAAGAAACUGAAGGUAGAGAUGUAUUUUAUGAAGAAAUUUAACCUAAGCUUAAAUAAAUGGUCAUUUAAUCGUUAAAGAGCUGUUAAGAUUAAGUUGGAGCAAGAAAAAACUCCAUGGAGUUCAUAGGGUAUGAUUUUAUGAUAGAUAGUAACUACCAGCCAUGGCUCAUUGAAAUUAAUAGUUCACCUUCAAUGGAAUAUAGUACAUCAAUCACUGAGGAACUAGUUCAGAGAGUCUUGCAAGAUACUACAAAAGUAAUAGUAGAUUACUCUAUGGCUAAAAAAGGAACUAAAAAGAAUGUUGAUACAGGUGGAUUUAAGCUCAUAUACAAAGGAGAGAAGUAAACAAAAAAUAAUAAAGUACUAGCUUCUUACAAAAAAUGA